GUCCAGUUAUGACGUCAGCGUCCACCUCGUCAACGUCGAUGACAACACAGGAUCUAGCUAGCAGGCGGUGUUCCUCACCUCGCGUCGCCGCUUCGUCUCACCGCACAUGAACGGCCAUGUCCGCGGCCGACUGGUACGCUCACAAGUCGCUCGGGGACGGCCUCUUCUGGAUCCAGGAGCGGUUCUACCAGUCGCAGAACCGCGCCAACAUAUGGCUGCUGCGCGGCUCCCACCAGGACGUGGUGAUCGACACGGGACUGGGCUUGAGGAGCCUGCCGGACUACAUCGACGCCAUGGGCUUGCUGGGCAAAGACCCGCAGAGGAAGAACCCGCUGCUGGCCGUCGCCACCCACGCCCACUUCGACCACGCCGGGGGCCUGCAUCAGUUCCAACAGGUGGGCGUCCACAGCGCGGAGGUGGAGGCUCUGGCGAACGGGGACAACUACGAGACGGUCACCUGGCUGAGUGACCGGGAGAUCGCCGAGGCUCCCAGCCCGGGAUGGAGGGCCCGCCACUACCGAGUGAAGGCGGUGCAGCCCACGCACAUCCUGCAGGAAGGUGACGUCAUCAACCUGGGGGACCGGCAGCUGACGGUGCUUCACAUGCCGGGUCACUCCAGGGGCAGCAUCUGCCUCCACGACGGCGACAACAAGCUGCUGUUCAGCGGCGACGUGGUGUACGACGGCGCCAUGAUCGACUGGCUGCCGUACAGCCACGUCAGCGACUACGUCAGCAGCUGCGAGCGUCUGGUGGGCCUGGUGGACAGCGAACAGGUGGACCAGGUGCUGCCAGGACAUUACCACACGUUCGGUGCCAAGCGCCUCCACCGCAUCGCCACCCAGUACAUCGACAAAGCGGGGACCUGCCCGGCCAAGUUGUCCACGUGGGCGUGGAGCACUGUGGCCGGGGUGGCGCUCAGGGCGUCCUACCCACGGAGCAUCUGCUGAGUGAUUUUGCCAACAAGAAGAAGUACAGUAUAUAUCUGCAAGUGACACGAGAAAUCCUAUUACAAUAUUGCCAAAUGUUCACCAUUAAAUGAUAAUAAUUAACAUAUUAUGAAGCCGACUAUAUAAAGCACUGAUCAAUGUGAUUCUAUUAUUACAGUGGGGCUAAAAAGUAUUUAGUCAGUCCCCGAUUGUGCAAGU